GUCAAAUCGAAACUGUUUCAGAUCCAGCAGAGAUGGCGCAGAAAGCACUCGACACAGAAGCCUUUUCCUGCUCCGUGUGUUUGGAUCUACUGAAGGAUCCUGUGACUAUUCCCUGUGGACACAGCUACUGCAGGAACUGUGUCCAACAGCACUGGGACCAAGAGGACGAGAAGCAGCUCUACAGCUGUCCUGAAUGUCGCCUCAGCUUCAGCCCCAGGCCUGCCCUGGGUAAAAACAUCCUGUUAGCAGCUGUAGUAGAGCAGAUGAAGAAGACAGCGCCCCCUGCUGACCACUGCUAUGCCGGACCUGAGGAUGUGUCCUGUGAUGUGUGCACUGGGAGGAAGCUGAGAGCUGUCCAGUCCUGUCUGCAGUGUGUGGCCUCUUACUGUGAGCGCCACCUACAGCCUCAUCAUGAAGCAGCAGCGUUAAAGAAACACCAGCUGGUGGCACCGUCACACACACUCCAGGAAAACAUCUGCUCUCAACACGACGAAGUGAAGAAGAUGUUCUGCCGCACUGAACAGCAGAGCAUCUGCUACCUCUGCUCUGUGGACCAGCACAAGGGCCACGACAUAGUGUCCUCUGCCUCAGAGAGGGCUCAGAGGCAGGCAGAGCUGCCGGCCAGGAGGGCCCUGCUGCUCCAGAGCCUCCAGCACAAAGAGACAGACCUCCAGAGGCUCCAACAGGAAGCCAAGAAGAUUAGCCGCUCUGCCCAGACAGCACUGCAGCACAACCAGGACAGCUUCAGAGACAUGGUCCUUCUCCUGGAGAAAAGACGCUCUGAAGUGGAGCAGCAGAUCCGCUCCCAGGAGCAGACCCAACUGAGCCGAGUCCAAGAGCUCCAGGACCAAGUGCAGCAGGACGUGAGUGAGCUGAAGAGGAGCCUCUCUGAGCUGGACACACUGACCCUCACCCAGGAUCAUAACCAGUUUCUACAGCUCUACACUUCACUGUCCACAGACACACAGAGCACAGAGCCAGUCAGGAUUCAAACAGGGCCUCAGAGAAACUUUGAGGAUGUGACCAGAGCUGUGUCAGCGCUCAGGGACAAAGUCCAGCUCACUCUGGAGGAGGGUCUGACCAAUGUCUCACUGGCUCUGAGUCCAGUCGAUGUUUCACUGUCACCAGCUGAACCCAGCUCCAGAGAGGACUUCUUACAAUACUCUACAGAAAUCACUCUGGAUCCAAACACAGCGAACACCAGACUGUCUGUGAUUGAUGGAGACAGAAGAGUAAGAGUUAUGGGUAAACAUCAAAAUUACCCUGAUCAUCCAGACAGAUUCAGUGACUGGUGUCAGGUCCUGAGCAGAGAGGGUCUGAGGGGACGCUGUUACUGGGAGGUGGAGUGGAGUGGGGAGUGUGUCUGUGUAGCAGUUUCAUACAAGGAUAUUCAGAGAAAAGGAAACUCCACUGAUAUUUUAUUUGGAGGCAAUGAUAAAUCCUGGGCCUUAGUCUGUGACAAAACAAGAUAUUCAUUUGAAUUUAACUCUGUCUGGUCCAAGAUCUCAGGUCCGACCUCGUCCAGAAUCGGGGUUUACCUGGACCACAGUGCAGGGGUUCUGUCGUUUUACAGAGUCUCUAAAAAUACCAUGAGCCUCAUCCACAGAGUCAAGACCAGGUUCACUCAGCCUCUCUAUGCUGGGCUGGGUUUUGACUGGAAUGCUUUUAGAGACACUGCACAUUUCCCUCAACUCAAAUAGCAGCUUUUUUCUCCACAGUUUGAGAUC